UGUCGCUCGGAAACGACGAUAGAAAUCGUCAUUGAUAUUAGUGCAGUCCAGUUUAGAAAAGAUGUCGACAAUCUGUAAUACGAUUGCGUAUCAAUGCCGAUGAAUGCAAUGUUGAGUGGGUAAAAAGGCGAGUGGUGGGGUUAGAUGCAAGACCAGAAGGAGGUGAAGAACGUGGAGGUGGUGGAGGAUGAAGAGGGAAAGGGGCAAAGAAAAGGUAAAGCAAAGGGUAGAAGAGGUUAUGAACUCUAACCCACGAAUGGUCGACGUAGUGUGGUAGCUGCAAUGAACUGUCCAAAUGAAGCGUGGUCAGAUCGGUCAUCGUUGUUGGUGAUAAAGGGAGAAAUGGAUAGGGAGCACAGAGAUCAGCGUGAUCACGAUAAUUCUAAUGAGAACGAAGGAGAACGGAAAAGUGGAAUGGAUUUUCGUAGUAUCUCCCAUUCUCAUCACGGAGUACCCGAUCUUUCGACGGAUGCUGACUCGGAGAGAGAUAUGGAAAUCGAUCAAAAUGAUCGGCCUGAAAACUUGCACGACGAUAAAACGGAUCAAAUGUUGGAAAGAAAUUUUCACUAUUUAGAGCAUCAUCCAGCUAUGAGAGAUAUUGAGAGAGAUCAAAACAAUCACAUGGAUAACUUGCAUGACGAUAAAAUAGACCAUAAAAUGAGUAGAGAUUAUCGCAAUAUGGGACAUCAUCCAGCCAUGCUUCAUUUAUCCUCUGGUAUAGAACACUUGAAUAAUGUCGAUGUAGAGGUUAAAUUGUCAAGAGACGUUAGAGGUUCUUUAGGUUUAGGAUUAUCCUUAGAAUUAUGUGUUGUAUGUGGAGAUCGAGCAAGUGGUAGACAUUAUGGAGCUAUAAGUUGCGAAGGCUGUAAAGGUUUCUUUAAACGUAGCAUUCGUAAGCAAUUAGGUUACCAAUGUAGAGGAAGUAAAAAUUGCGAAGUUACCAAACACCAUAGGAACCGCUGUCAAUAUUGUAGGCUUCAAAAGUGCCUGGCAAUGGGUAUGAGAAGUGACUCCGUUCAACACGAACGAAAACCAGUAUUAGGAGAAACUGCUGGAGCUAAAGUUGGGAGUCGUAAUCCCAGAGUCAAACCAGAACCACAACAACCAGUCCCCGAAGCUCCACAAACUUGGGAACAACCUGAAAGUCCUUGUAUGGAAGACCAAAGCAGUGACAGUGAUUUGAGCGAUGCUCUGACGCUUGCUAGGGACCGUUUAUUAAUAUCUCAUGCAUUGGAUAGCAUAGCUAAAUCUAUUGGUGAUGGUGUAAAUGGUUCCAGUGAACCAGACGAAGAGUGGACAGGUCAGUUAAUCUCAGAGAGGCAUACAUUGUUCGAGUUAAGAGCACCUAGUCCUGCACCUGCAUACUUAUCUAUACAUUACAUCUGUGAAAGUGCAGCAAGGCUAUUAUUUUCGUCUGUACAUUGGGCAAGAGGGAUUCCUGCUUUUCAAGCUUUACCAUCAGAAAUCCAAACUACGUUGGUGCGUAGUUGCUGGGGACAGUUAUUUACACUGGGUUUAGCACAGUGUGCAUAUACUUUAUCCCUUCCUAGUAUUCUGACAUCCAUUAUAAAUCAUCUACAAACUAGUAUCGCGCAAGAAAAAAUUACGGCUGGCAAAGUGAAAUCUGUUACAGAACAUAUAUGCAGAUUGCAAGACUGCGUUAGUUCUCUUCACAAAUUGCAAGUAGAUUCCGUCGAAUAUGCCUAUCUUAAAGCAUUGACGCUCUUCAGUUCGGAUAAUGUACUGGUUGGUAUUUGGCGUAAAAAGGUUGAAGCGCUACAGGAAGCAGCAUGGACGGAAUUAAAACAACGAGUAGGAUCUGAUAGAUUACCUCGUCUUUUAUUAAAACUUGCACCUCUUCGUACGAUUAAUCCUAGAGUGUUAGAAGACCUUUUUUUUGCGGGUCUUAUUGGUAGAGUAAGCGUAGCUAGUGUAGUGCCUUAUAUUCUGACCAUGCAAGAUUGUAAAUCAGAACCUGAAAGUCACAAGGGAAAGCCAAAGAGGGCUCCAGUAGAACAAAAAAAGGAAGAGAAAGAGGAAUCGAAUAAGGGUAAACGUAAACACGAAGAGGAAGAUAAGGAUACGAUAAAUCAUAAAAAGGCUGAGACUACUGGCACGAGUCAGGAUUGCAAAAGAAAAAUGAUGGAGAAUAUGUUGCCUAAAUGUGAUGCGCGUCUUCCAAAAAUGACCCCGAUAACUGACGAUUACGAGAUCAGUAAUCAUGUUUUGGGUCUUGGUAUUAAUGGAAAGGUCGUACAGUGUUUCGAUAGAAAGACUAGGGAAAAGUAUGCCCUAAAGGUUUUACAUGACUGUGUCAAAGCAAGAAGAGAAGUAGAAUUACAUUGGAGAGCAUCCAAUUGCAGACACAUAGUUCAAGUAAAAGAUGUAUAUGAAAAUUCGUAUAGUGGCAACAAAUGCUUACUUGUGGUAAUGGAAUGCAUGGAAGGUGGCGAAUUAUUUCAAAGGAUUCAAGAUCGGCAAGACUGUGCUUUUACGGAAAGAGAAGCUGCACAAAUAAUGUACGAAAUAUGUGUUGCGGUGAAACAUCUGCACGAUAUGAAUAUUGCUCACAGAGAUCUCAAACCGGAAAAUCUUUUGUAUUCAAAGCCAGAUAAAACGGGAAUUUUAAAAUUAACCGAUUUUGGAUUUGCCAAAGAAACACAUAUGAAAGAUAAUUUACAAACACCUUGUUAUACGCCAUAUUAUGUUGCUCCAGAAGUUCUGGGACCAGAAAAAUACGAUAAAAGUUGCGAUAUUUGGUCGCUCGGUGUAAUAAUGUAUAUACUGUUGUGCGGCUUUCCACCGUUUUAUAGUAAUCACGGUUUAGCGAUAUCACCUGGAAUGAAAAAAAGAAUUCGUUUGGGUCAAUAUGAUUUUCCUUCUCCAGAAUGGUCAAAUGUAAAUGUACAAGCUCGUGAUCUCAUAAAAGGAAUGUUAUGCACGGAUCCGGCGCAAAGAUUGCAAAUAGACGAAGUGAUGCGCAAUAAAUGGAUUGCCAAAUACACAGAAGUGCCUCCUACACCAUUGCACACUGGUCGUGUAUUAAGAGAAGGUGAAGAACUUUGGCCCGAAGUACAAGAAGAAAUGACCCGUUCGUUAGCUACAAUGCGGGUGGAUUAUGAUACCGCAAAUCUUAAACAACUCGAUCAUAGCAACAAUCCAUUAUUAAACAAACGUAGACGCGCUAAACAAGCAAGCGCUAUUCCAGCAACCGCUAAUCCUACACCAGCUUCCUAGGAGAAUGUUUUACGAGCCAGACAAAACUGGCAACUUUUGAUACGCAGAUGCAUUAGAUAUAGCAUUAUUACAAUGCGGAUUGUUUUUUGACGACUUGCAUCAUCAUGCAAAGGAAACAAACUUGCAAAGUAGAUAACUAUUAUAAAAGAAGCCAAUUGUGUGCAUAUGAGUGCACAUGCAUCUAUACAUGAAGGAUUACAUGCUGGCUGCGUUGUUCUUCUAAUGUUUUGUUUUAAACAAUUGUACAAUUUGUAAUAUAUAUAUAUUUUAUUUAUUAUUA